AUGCUAAUUGAUUCAGGUAGCCAGGGCUCAUUUAUUCGAGAGCACUGUGUAAAUUUACUGCAGCUAAAGCGCACUAGUGCAAACAUAAGUGUAAAUGGCCUGAGCUCGCAAAAAAUUGGAAAGGUUUCAGGUUCAGUUCAAUUACAAGUAACAUCUCCAUUUUAUAAAAACGCAAGCAUUUCAGUUAAUGCAUUAAUUAUACCCAAGAUCACGUGUGACCUUCCUCAAUAUCAAGUUGAUAGAUCUGUUUUGACAUCUUUCAAACAUUUGUGGUUGGCAGAUACAAAUUGUUUCCAGCCUGGCCCAAUAGAUAUUCUUUUGGGCGCAGAUGUAUUUGGCGAGAUAAUGCUUCAUGGACGUUUAACUGUUCCGGGUCAUUCGUUAACAGCCUUGGAAUCAAUAUUCGGCUGGGUCAUUAUCGGAAAGACUAAAAGUGUAUCACAGACAAUUGUAUCUAAUCAUGCUAGUUGUACCAAUGUUCAGCUCCAGCUUGAAAAAUUUUGGAAAUUGGAAGAAAUUUCGGAGAUAAAGCAUUACACAGAAGAGGAAAUUGAAUGUGAAAAUCAUUUCAAGCGGAAUUUUUCUCGUGAUUCAACAGGUAGAUUUGUUGUUAAGUUUCCAUUUCGUAGAUCGGGAAAUGAACUUGGGUCAUCAAGGGAUGUUGCUGUACAUCGUUUACAAAGCAUUGAACGUCAAUUUAUUAAGAAUAAAUCUCUUUCCAGUCAAUAUCACAAAUUUAUGGAGGACUAUCAACAACUUGGUCAUAUGGAAUUGAUUCCAGAAAAUGAAAUUGAUGUUCCAGCUAAUUCUAGUUUUUACCUUCCGCACCAUUCAGUUCCGGAUAAAAAUGGUGAUAAAUUUCGAGUCGUAUUUGAUGGUUCUGCAAAAUCUUCUAGCGGUAUUUCUCUUAAUGAGAAAUUGAUGGUUGGUCCACAGUUGCAGACUGAUCUGACAACAUUAAUUAUUCGUUUCAGAAUUCACAGAAUAGCUAUAACUGCAGAUAUAGAGAAAAUGUACAGACAAAUUAUACUAAAAGAUGCAGACUUUCAGAGAAUAGUCUGGCGCGAUUCACUUUAUAAACCAAUUCAGGAUUUUCGAUUAACUAGGAUUGAUUGCUUACGGUACUGCAUCAGCUUCGUACCUUGCGGUAAGAUGUUUGUUUACAGCAGUUAG